AUGGCAAAUAACUCCGAUCUUAAAAGUCAAACUGAGUUCCACGAUCACGUAGUUCUAUCAGAGGAAGAAGCUCCCAACUUGGUCGGUACAGCUGCAGAGGAAAUCCAAAAAGGCUACUGGAAGAGUCCAAAGUUCUUAGGCUCCUGCUUGGCAAUCAUUUUGCUUGCAAAUAACUUGUUCUGGGGAUACGCAGUACCGGUCAAUGUUUUGAACAUUAUCAAUCAAGACAUCGGGCCAUCCCCAAACAUCUAUUUGGUCAGCCUGGUGAACACUUUAAUCAAGGGCGUCUGCCUACUUUUAGUGGGAUCAGUCAGCGAUGCUGUCGGGCGACGCUACUUCAUGAUUGGGGCUCAGACGUUUAGCGUAAUUGGCGCUGUACUAUCCGCGACCUCAAGAAACGUAAAUAUGCUUAUUGGAGCCAAUGUUUUCAUAGGCAUGGCUGGCAGCGGACAGGUCCUGUACCCUCUGCUGUCACAAGAAAUCGUCCCAAAUAAGUAUCGUGGUUGGAGCCAGGGAGUCAUCACCCUAUUGGUCCUUCCUUCAAUUGGCUUUGGGCCAAUUAUUGGAGUAAGUGGACACAUCGAAACACAUGUACGUUGCACAGUGACUAUAUGGGUGUGGUGUUACUGGCUCCAUGGCAUUGUUUCUGCGGUUUCGCUAGUCCUUUUCAUUCUUUGCUAUUUCCCUCCUGGCUUCCAUCAACUUCAGUCACGCAAAUCAAGGCUAGAUCAGCUCCAGUCUAUCGACUACUUUGGAUUUAUCCUGUAUGCCGGAGGGCUCAUUUGUCUUUUGCUUGGCCUUUCUUGGGGAGGGAAACAAUAUCCCUGGGGUAGCGCUAGAAUCAUUGUUUUAUUGGUCAUAGGUAUUUUGGGAUUGAUAACAUUUGUCCUAUACGAAAAUUUUAUGAAAUUGGCACAGCCUCUCCUUCCAAUGUCAUUAUUCAGAAUUAGAAAUUUUUGGAUUGCAGUUGUUGUUGGCUCAGUCGGCCAAAUGUCAUUCUAUGCGAUGAACGUUCUUUGGCCAAUGCAAGUUACAAAUCUCUUUACACAGGAUAUUAAGACCAUAGGCUGGAUGACAUGCACUACCGGUCUAGCUCUAACAAUAGGAGAGAUAAUUACGGGACCUCUCUUCAAGAGAUUCGGUAAUGUUCGCUGGCAGAUGGUUAUUGGGUGUAUCGGCCUCACCAUUUUUGGAGGCGUUAUGGCGCUUGGAAAUGAGCAUCGAAAAGCGUUUGCCAUAGCUAUCACGAUAUGCAAUGGAUUGUUUAUAGGAUGGGUCGAGCUUGUGGCAAUUGUCGUAGCUGGACUAGUCGUUCCACCAGAACGAAUUGGCACGGCUCAAUCGUUUUUCGCAUCAACACGUGCCGUAUCAGGUACUAUUGCAAGUAGCAUUUACCUCGCCAUCUACAAUGGAGAGCUCAAGACCAAUAUGCCCCAACGGGUCACUUCGGCCGUACUCAAGGCUGGGCUUCCUGAAAAUAGUGUUGCACAGCUUCUCUCAGCACUUUCAAACGGCACAAGUGCAGCUCUUAGUAAAGUGCCGGGGAUCAACAACAACAUAAUCACUGCCGCGCGUGCUGGGCAGAAGAGUGCGUGGUCAGCUUCAUUUAGCACCGUGUAUCUCAGCACAAUCGCUUUCGGCGCAACGGCGCUAAUUGUGGCAUGGUUUGCGACUGAUAUCAGUGAAUACAUGACCACUUUUGUGAAUAAAAGAGUCGAGCAGUCGAAGUCGCGCGUUGAGACAGAGAAGGCAUGA